AUGUUGGAGUUAUUCAUUUGGUUUCUUGCCGUGAUUCGAAGUCUUGGAAGUCGUUUCUUCCUUCGGUUUGGCUUGCAUUGCGCAACCCACCAAAUUCGCGUCAUCCUCAUAUCUGGCGUCGUUAUCACUUCCCUUCUCUACCCAGCGCUCGAUUUGUAUACCUCUACAAAGACCCAGUCUAUCCUUGAGACACUUACUGCAAUGAAGACCGGCUCCGGCUUCAAUGCACAACAAGACUUGGUCGAUAUCUGGUCCGGGCAUGAGAGCCUUCGUGUAGGAGGUGACUCAGUGUCCCGUGCUAGGUGCGGUGUCGGCCGAACGCUGAGGGUGGAGCGUAUCCUCAUUCAGAGCCCCCUCCCCGAAGACGAUAGUGCCCUUAAUCACCAAAUUCUCCUAUCCACCCUCAAACUCGAAGAUCAACUUAACGAACUCAUCGCCAGUCGCAAGAUUCCAUGCUUAAGGCAUUCAGACGGCCGGUGUUUUGUGCUGUCUCCCCUCGCCUUCUGGCAUUAUGACCAAGACACUCUACUCUCCGACACCAAUAUUCUGGACACUUUGAAUCUUUCAAAGAAUGUCACCGUCUCAGGCAUUCCUAUAACGGCUCACACGGUUCUCGCCGGUCGAGACUCUGAAGAGCGUCAUGUCGGCGGAACGAACUUCGAUUUCGCGAGAUACCUGGCUCUUACCUACUUCUUUCUCGAAGUCCGACUGUGCUCCACGUCGAUCUCGGCUCUUCUCUAUCUAACUUACAUCAGUUUCGUGAUAUACGUAGUCUGGUCGAUGCGCCAAAUGAACACGGUUCAUUCUCGGAUCGGUGUAAUGUUCACAGGUUUGGUGGAAAUCACAGUUAGUACAAUCACUAGUCUUAGUGUUUGUGCUCUCGUCGGCUUCAAGAUUACGAUGGUGGAUGCCGUUGGCAGAACCCAUGUUACGUUGCCGGUCAAACAACGGAUUGCCGAAGGACUGAGUUUCGCGGGAACUUCUAAUAUUCUCAAAGUGGUAUCUUACAAUACCAUCCUCGGGGUUAUUGCUUUCUUCGCUGGAGGCGCUAUUCGCCAGUUCUGCGCAUUCGCUAUCGUGGUGCUGGUUGCGCAUGGCUUCUUGGCCCAUACGUUCUUUAUUGCGGUACUUUCCAUUGACAUGCAACGCCUUGAACUUGAAGAACUUUUACGACAAGAUCCUGGAUUGGCACCUGCCGUUCCGCUUACGACUCCUGAGAAAAAGCACGUAAAACCUCGGUCAAAGUGGCAAAAAGUUGUCAAUGUCAUUCAAAGCCUAUUCAGUGGGCGAGCGAAGAAGAACCUAAGCCUCUUCUUGCUAUUGGCAACGACUGCGACGUUAUAUUACGCAACAUUACCAUCAGAUAUUAAAGGAAGCCCUGACACCUCUACUCAUCAAGGAGCACAUACGCGAGUAGAUCGCAAUACGCGCGUUUCAGAUAACCACGACCCAGUCUGGCAUCUUUGGAAAACGUUUAAUCCGACGGAAUCAGCGCUACACCUUCGAAUUGAAAGCCCCACGAUCUUAACCUUCCGACCUGAUGUCGAUAAUACCACUACCCUCCCUGACCAUCCCAAAACGCAUCGGCUCAGGUUCAGAACGCUCAAACUGAUACUUUGGCUACUCCAGAUCAUGGUCUUGCCUAUUGGAGCUACAAACCUGGCACUUUACGGUCUGCUGUUGUACCUUCUCAAGGAUGCCGAGCUACUUGAAGCUCAAAAGAACCGUGCAAACGUGGAGGAGGAGGAGGCUGUCCCAGACGAGGCCGCUUCUCUUCGAAAUCAAUUCUCAUUCUCCACGCUCCCGCGGACAUUCUCCAGCGACGUUGAGCUUAUCGCAACUAAUAAAGGAGGUCAAGUUGUCGCAUCUGUUGGCGUGCAAAAUGAGAUCGUUGUAUGGAAUAUAAACACCCAAAUUCAUUUAUCAAUCGAUGCCACUGAUGUGCUGCUAAGUGCUUCUGCCAUUACGUGCGUGGCAGUUGACGAGAGAGGGGUCAUUGCUGUGUGGGGGAUCAAAAGAGGUCGUAUACAUGCAUUUCCCCAUCUCACGAUGCCCAGUUCGUCCGCGGGGGUCACUGAAAUCGAAUUCAAUAACCCGAGAGGAGGAAGCACUCCUCCUCAUUCCCGCCCCACAUCACCGGUAGACAAAGCUGCGCCGAUCUCUGUGGUCGCGACGUAUGAAAAUGGUGUCGCGGCCAAAUGGGCACUUCGCCCAUUCAGUCGAGCGAACACGAUCAACUCCCUUCUACUCCGAGUGGCACCUCUGGACGUCCUUUGUGCUGCCUUUUGUUUGGAUGAUGGGACGCUGGAGAUUCAAGAGAUUAACGAAACAGACAAGAUUUUCAUGCCCGACUUCACAGUCCAAGCGGGGAACCCUACUGAUAUUGUUACGAAAGUUGAUGUAUGCCGGACCAUCAUGGGAGACGAAACUCGCACUAUCGUUGGGGCAGUGACUGAGGCGGGGGUUGUCUCUCUUUGGGAUGGGGUGACUGGUGAAAUGAUCCGCGUCCUUGACGAAGCACUAUGUUUCUCUCUGCUGCCCCGACAUGCGUGCCGCCAUUGUGGCCAUCUGCCCCUUGACAGCAUAUCUCUCGUCUUCUCUGCCUAUCUCAGCGACAACAACGAAACCCGACGAUGCUCAUGUACACCCACCCGAUCUCUUAGAAAGCUCUCUUAUGAUGGUCUUGGCGGGCGUCGCUCCCGAAGCGGGAGCUUCGCGCUUUCAUCGGCAUUUGAAGCCUCGUUCCCUGUAUCUGCACAUGGUAUUCAUUCGCGGCGCGCAUCGGAGAAGGAUUCGACUCGACGUGCUUCGGAGCUCACGUUACCUGUUGAGGAGUGUGAAACGAAUCACGCGGUCGGUCCGGCUGAGAGUGUGAGGGGAUCGUCGAAGAUUUGGCAGAGUCUGCAGGUUGUGAAAGUAGGGGAGACGAGUUGCGAGAGGGGAUGUUGGGGUGUAUUGGGGUAUCGAGUCGUUGGUGUUCGGAGGAGACCACGGAAUGUCGGGAAGACGAACAAGGAGGGGGUGCCAUCGUCUUCGCAUGGAUUAUCGUUGGCGACGUUGGAUCGGUGGGAAGUAUGGACGUUCGAACCUUCGAAUUUCGAGGUUCAGGCCUCUGCUCUGUCGAUGAUUGCUGAUAGUCAGGACACGUUUUCCUUAUCUGCGACGAAGAGCGCAUUUCCUCGUUUGCCAUUCACACGGGUAUCGCCUUUAGUCGCCGCACGGUCGUAUAGCCUAGCUGGGUUUGGGAAUACUCUAGGCGUAUUUAAUUUUCUUUCUUCGUAG